AUGACUACUUCGCUUCAAGCUUCUCUCGUUUACAGACCUCCUCCUUCUGUUUCUCUUUCUCCUCCCAGUUCUUCUAGUUCUUACCGCCUUCGUCUUCCCGUUCGUCGUUGUUGUUCGGUUUCUUCUAAUUUAUUCGGUGCGGUUUCUAAAUUAAAUUCAUUUAGUGGUAGUAAUAAUCUUGAUUACGCUUCUCUCCGGUCUUGUAUUUGCCGCCACGGCGGGCGGCUGUUUGCUGUGAACUGUACACUACAUCAAUCCGGCGACUUUAAUUUAACAUCUGUACCUGAUAAGAAUGGCAAUAGCAGUAGUAACGAUAAACUUAGUUCGGAUUCCGAGAAAGGGAGUUUUGUUAAUGAAUUUGUUAGCGGUGGUGAGGAAGCUUCCGGUGAGACUGCCGGGAAUGAGACGGUAGUGUCGGAAGGGGAGAAGGCGGUGAAAGUUGACUCCGCCGGCAGUACGAUUCAAACGGAGGAGGUGAAGAGCCGGCUUCCGAUUCUAGCUUUAUUGUUAGGAUUUUUCGCAAUGGUCAGGAGAGGUUUUGAGAAACUUAUGUCCUCCGAAUGGCUGAGUUGGUGGCCGUUUUGGCGGCAAGAGAAACGCCUGGAGCGCUUGAUUUCAGAGGCAGACGCAAACCCCAAGGACGCUGCCGUGCAGAGUGCUCUGUUGGCUGAGCUCAAUAAGCACAGUCCAGAGGAAGUUAUCCGCCGUUUUGAGCAAAGAGAUCACGCAGUUGACAGUAGAGGUGUUGCAGAAUAUAUCAAAGCUAUUGUUGCAACCAAUGCUAUUUCAGACUAUCUCCCUGACGAGCAAUCUGGAAAGCCUUCCAGUCUUCCUUCUUUGUUGCAAGAGUUGAAACAACGUGCUUCGGGCAACUUGGAUGAACCUGUGUCGAACCCUGGCGUAUCUGAGAAGAGGCCGCUACAUGUUGUGAUGGUUGAUCCUAAGGUGUCGAACAGAUCGCCACGUUUUGCUCAAGAACUCAUCUCUACCAUUUUAUUCACUGUUGCUGUUGGUUUGGUGUGGGUAAUGGGUGCUGCUGCUCUUCAGAAGUAUAUUGGGAGCUUGGGUGGGAUAGGAGCUUCAGGAGUUGGGUCUAGUUCUUCCUAUUCCACCAAAGAGUUGAAUAAAGAGAUAAUGCCAGAAAAGAAUGUCAAAACGUUCAAGGAUGUCAAAGGUUGUGAUGAUGCCAAACAAGAGCUUGAGGAGAUUGUUGAAUACCUCAAGAAUCCUGCAAAGUUCACUCGACUAGGGGGGAAAUUACCAAAGGGAAUUCUUUUAACCGGAGCUCCUGGGACUGGGAAAACUUUGUUGGCCAAGGCUAUUGCUGGUGAAGCAGGGGUACCUUUCUUUUACAGAGCCGGAUCUGAAUUUGAAGAGAUGUUUGUUGGAGUUGGUGCUAGACGUGUAAGAUCCUUGUUUCAAGCAGCUAAGAAAAAGGCUCCAUGCAUCAUUUUUAUUGACGAGAUUGAUGCUGUUGGAUCGACUAGAAAGCAAUGGGAAGGCCACACAAAGAAAACACUUCAUCAACUACUUGUCGAAAUGGACGGGUUUGAACAGAAUGAGGGAAUAAUUGUGAUGGCUGCCACAAACUUGCCGGAUAUACUCGAUCCAGCUUUGACAAGACCCGGUAGAUUCGAUCGUCAUAUUGUUGUUCCAAGUCCAGACGUUCGUGGUCGCCAGGAGAUAUUAGAGCUUUAUUUGCAGGACAAACCAUUAGCUGAAGAUGUUGAUGUGAAAGCCAUUGCCCGUGGUACACCAGGGUUCAAUGGGGCAGAUCUUGCAAACCUGGUGAAUAUUGCUGCAAUCAAGGCUGCUGUUGAAGGCGCUGAGAAAUUAACUUCUUUUCAGCUAGAAUUUGCAAAAGACAGGAUUAUAAUGGGCACAGAACGGAAAACAAUGUACAUUUCAGAAGAUUCGAAGAAGCUGACUGCAUAUCAUGAGAGCGGUCAUGCUAUUGUCGCUCUUAAUACUGAAGGUGCACAUCCAAUUCAUAAGGCAACAAUAAUGCCCCGGGGAUCUGCCUUGGGGAUGGUUACACAACUGCCAUCAAAUGAUGAGACCUCAGUCAGUAAGAAGCAGUUGUUAGCACGCCUAGAUGUUUGCAUGGGAGGAAGAGUUGCAGAAGAACUCAUCUUUGGUCAGGAUCAUAUUACUACUGGAGCUAGCAGCGACCUUAAUACUGCUACAGAAUUAGCUCAGUACAUGGUAUCAACGUGUGGGAUGAGUGAUGCAAUUGGACCAGUUCAUAUAAAAGAGAGACCGGGUUCUGAAAUGCAGUCACGGAUUGAUGCUGAAGUGGUUAAACUCUUGAGAGAAGCUUAUGAUCGUGUGAAAUCCCUGCUGAAAAAGCACGAGAAGUCUCUACAUGUGCUUGCCAAUGCACUCCUUGAGUACGAGACUUUGACAUCGGAACAAAUAAAGCGUUUACUCCUUCCAUAUACUGAAGGAUUAGAGCAACAGGAACAGCAGCAACAACAACAGCAAGAACAGGAGCAGGAACAGGAGGAGCUUGUUUUAGCUUGA